AUGUUUUUAGCCCAGAUUCCACCCAGUAGUGAAAGUGUCAUGGACAUGGAGGAGAAGGUUGCUGGGUCUUCCUGGCCCGCUGGCUGUGGAAUUGCAGCUGGCAUACAUGGGUCCUGUGCGGAGGGCUCACGCUGCCUCUCUCCUCUCCCCACAGAGAUCCCCCAGUGCGCUGGCUGCAACCAGCACAUCCUGGACAAGUUCAUCCUGAAGGUCCUGGACAGACACUGGCACAGCUCCUGCCUCAAGUGUGCAGACUGCCAGAUGCAGCUGGCUGACAGGUGCUUCUCCAGGGCCGGGAGCGUCUACUGCAAGGAGGACUUCUUCAAGCGCUUCGGCACAAAAUGCACGGCCUGCCAGCAGGGCAUCCCCCCGACCCAGGUGGUCCGCAAGGCGCAGGACUUCGUCUACCACCUGCACUGCUUUGCCUGCAUCAUCUGUAACCGGCAGCUGGCCACGGGGGAUGAGUUCUACCUCAUGGAGGAUGGGCGGCUGGUGUGCAAGGAAGACUACGAGACGGCCAAGCAGAAUGAUGACUCAGAGGCAGGAGCUAAGCGGCCCCGGACCACCAUCACAGCCAAGCAGCUGGAGACCUUGAAGAAUGCCUACAAGAACUCCCCCAAGCCUGCCCGGCACGUGAGGGAGCAGCUGUCCUCAGAGACGGGCCUGGACAUGAGGGUCGUACAGGUUUGGUUUCAGAACAGAAGGGCCAAGGAGAAGCGCCUGAAGAAGGACGCAGGACGGCACCGCUGGGGACAGUUCUAUAAGAGUGUCAAGAGGAGCCGGGGCGGCAGCAAGCAGGAGAAGGAGAGCUCUGCAGAGGACUGUGGGGUUAGUGACAGUGAGCUGAGCUUCCGAGAGGAUCAAAUUCUCUCAGAACUUGGCCACACCAAUAGGAUUUAUGGCAACGUGGGGGACGUUACAGGCGGACAGUUAAUGAAUGGGAGCUUCUCCAUGGACGGGACAGGACAAUCCUAUCAGGACUUGAGGGAUGGGAGCCCCUAUGGAAUCCCCCAGUCUCCAUCCUCCAUAUCGUCCCUGCCGUCCCACGCUCCUCUGCUCAAUGGGCUGGAUUACACAGUGGACAGUAACUUGGGCAUCAUUGCGCAUGCAGGCCAGGGAGUGAGCCAGACGCUGAGAGCCAUGGCUGGGGGACCCACCUCUGACAUCUCCACAGGAAGCAGUGUAGGCUAUCCCGACUUUCCAACUAGCCCAGCCUCUUGGCUCGAUGAAAUGGAUCAUCCUCCGUUUUAAACAUCUGUCCUCCCCACCCUACCUGUCCUUCUGGCUUGAGAGAAUAUCUUCAAGGAUCAAGAGAGACUUACCUUUUUAGGAUCAAAUGCGCACCAAUGUGAAUUUCCAUUAUUUUCAAUGGAAGUCCUCUGCUGAUCCCUAGGAGGUCACCGCACUAGUGUGCUGUUCUCCUGGGGAAAUGGUGGGGGAGCAGCCUCCUCUCAGAACAGCACAGGGCGCAGAGCCUAGAGCGCUAGGGUGCUGGCUUAUGCUCCCUCCCCCACCCUGCUUACAGGCUUUGGCUGCUCAGUGCUUGGCAGCAGGAGGUGACUGUGAGGCCACCCUGGCCUUAGGGAACUUUGAUGGCCACAGUUUGAUAUAGAGACAUGCCCCUCCUUUCUCUUCUGCUGUGAAGAAUGACCUCUUCCCCCUCCAGAGAAUAUCUGUCAGUAUGGGUUUGUGAGCAGUCCCAUCAACAUCACUGAAUCCAUCCAUGAUGGCAAGAAGUGGUUUUCGUUGCAGGUGACUCUGAGGCUGGAGCUGAGUGGCCCUGGACCAUCACAGCGACUGCCCGACGAGUCCCCUUGGAGCACAAUGUGCCUUUUUAAUUUGCUCAUAUCACUUACUCCACUAGACAGGCUGUGGCUUACACAACGAUCAAAGCUAAAAUAUGGAGAGACCAGAAAGACAAUCAGUGAAAACAUUUGUAGACCCAUUUGGAUUCCAAGCGUGCUGUCCGUUUAGCCAAAUCAGCAGAUGCCAGUCUCCCAGAGUCCCCGCUCCUGAAGGGGAAGUGAUAUUGUGAGUUUGUUUUGAGGUAGUUGGUUUAGAUGAGUUUGCAAGUCCAUACCCACCUGCAGCCAACCCUCCCUAGCCCUUUAAAAAGGAGAGCUUUCUCUGCUGUGCUAGCUGACUCAGUUGGAGGACAGUCUUGGCCUCUUCCAAGUACUAGCAAUGCUUUUUGGCUGGGAGCAAUCAUUUAGGGAGCAGCCCUAAAGUUGUCAGAGUUCCAAGUGGUCCUUGGGCUGCAUCUUCCUGUGGUGCUCCAGCCCUGCACUUGCUCAGAAAGGGGAGCUCUCCAGCCAGUGGCAGUGCAGACUCACCUUAUGGGUUUCAAUAGCAUAUCACCAAGCCUGAGGCAAGGGCAAGGCCAACCCCUGCUUUGUGAGCUGCCAGCCCUGUGACAGACUGCACUUCGGGGGGACAUACCAUGGUGAUGGUGCCGUGGCUCCUACUUAAUGCACCACCCCUCAACCUUGCAGGAGGUUCUCCAUGUGCACACUGGAAAUUAGCCAGGGGGAUUUAUGCGUCCCCUGGGAAAUGGUGGUUUACUUCUCUGGCCUCCUGUUUUCUUAAGAUCAGCAGAGUAGGGAAGGGUAAGAAAGGCAUUACCUUUUUCACGUGAAGUGAUGGGGCCCAAGACCCUAACCACCCUUUCUUUCAUGUCUGUCACGUUUUGAAGGCCACAAAGAUUUAAGAGUGUGCUAGGUAGACUCAAGGAAGAAAUAAACCUUCCUCCUUGGCUCCUGCAUCUUCUGCAAAUGCCUUCUGAGGACUAAACUAUGAACAGUUAAGCUCCUUCAAACUGUAUAGUCAGUAAAUUCCUGGGGUCAGCCUUCAGGCCUCCUUUCCCUGACCAGUUCUGUAGUGGACCCUUAUUUUCCGACAGGCUGCAAUUGUGAUUUUUGCUUGGGGAGUCCUGCAGAUGCAGGAUUUCUUCUUGAGGCUCCAGGAUUAGGGAUGCCAGAGGGUGAAGCCCAGACAAUUCCCAAUACAGUGAACAGUGGGGAUGGCAAUAAAAACUCACAAGAAAGGCACAUGCUGCAGUCUUCUGGGAGGACAGGUUCUUGAACAUACUGUUCUCAGCAGGCAGCUCUCAGUGCACAGGAGGACUGUGUUGGGCAAUGAACCAGUUAAAGACUGUCCCACCCAGACCACUGUCGCAGCUCGGUUACUUGGCGUAGGAGCUCUUGGGAUCUCAAGGUACUGCCUGCUUUUGGUGAUUACCAGGGGCAGCAGACUUAAGGAACAUGGCCCUCUGGGUAGCACUGUUUCUUUAAGAUCAGUUGAGCAGUUUUUGUUUUGUAUGCAAGUUAAUCAAGCUCAUGCCUUAUUCAAUGGUUGGAGAACGUGCUAGUAACAGUCUCCUGAGAACUCAGUGAGCGGGGCAGCUGGUGUUGGUGGGCUGCUUUGGUGUUGGUGGGGCUGGCUAGCUAUACUGGCCACAAAGCUGGGAGAGCUGAGUUCCCCAGAGCCUCCUCCCAGAGAGCAGCAAACACUGGAGCUCCGUGUAGAAGCACAGGCAGGCCAGGCCUCAGAUUCUAAGUGGCUAUCCUUGCAAGUGCAGUUAGCAUUCUAGAGGACUGGUGCCACCAGUGAGCCACUGCGUGCCAAGACUGUUCCUUGGCUCUUCUGUGGCUGGAGAUGGUGAGCACACAACGUACCUUGAGAGCCUCCUCCAUUGCUCAGCGGUCUGUGACUGAGGUAUAAGGUGCCUCCUGGGAGCUGCUUUCUCCCUUGCUAAAGUGACACGGACACAUUUGAAAAAUGAAACAAGACCUUCUAGAGAAUUUACAUCAUUUGAAUCUGUCUGUGGCUCUAAGAGAGCAAUUACAAGUAGCAACAUUCAUCUGAGCACCUGGCUGAUAGACCUUGGGAUAUGAAGUUUCUGAAUUCAAGAGCAAAAUAAUAAUUAAAAACCCAGCAACACCUAAGCUUCCAGUAGUAGCUGGUAUAAGCAAAAAUGGGACACACGGGGCUAUGGGAGAAUCUCUAUUUUUAAAGAGUAAUAAAACCACAGAAGAAAUCCCCAAUGCAAAGCUAAGCCAGCCCGCCUGUUAAAUCACAUUAUUUGGAAGACUGGUCCUGGCCCUUUCAGGGACUUGCUGUGCCACCUGAGGCAAACUCCUUUCUGUCUCUGUGCUUUCUUUUUCUCGCCUCAGCUAAUAGUUAAGAAUAUAACAGAAAGUGCAAAUCAACUACCAUAUUGAUAAUAUUAUUCCUGCAAAUUAAUACAGUGAAAUGUCAGGGAAAGAGGACAAAAUUAAGACAUAAGAAAAGCAUUUAGCCCUAGCCAGUUUGGCUCAGUGGAUAGAGUGCUGACAUGUGGACUGAAGGGUCCGGGUUUGAUUCCGGUCAAGGGCACGUACCUUGGUUGCAGGCUUGGUCGCAUGCAGGAUGUCAC